AAAUCUCAAGGUAACAUUGGGCAUGCGACUGGUUGCCACGUUCGCGUUGACGUGUAUCGCCGAGACAACAGCGCACUUCACCGCUUGUUCCGGCGCUGUCAAGUUCGCAGAUGACUGGUUGGCGAUCCUCCACCAUGUGGAUCGCGUUGGGUUCGCAUCGCCCUAGUAGAUCUGCACGAAUGCCUUAGCCACAGACCCCGGUGGGAUCAUCGAGCAGCCGAAGUGAGUCAACAAAACAGGAGGCAUCGAGGGGGAAACUUGAGGAUUGGUUCUCACUCUGGUUGAGACAUGGAAGCCAUGAAUGGGAAUAGCAUCACUGAGCUGGGCAUUCCUCGGCUCAUCGAAUCCACAUCCAUCCUGUACAAGACUCUCGAGGACCACGUGACUGGCAGCGUGACUCUGGACACGCCCAAGGAGUUGCAUGAUGAAGUUGCCGAGUGGAUGAGGCUCCUGGAGCACAUCAGCCAGGUGCAAAUACCAGGCAGUGGUCUGGAGAACAAACUCCAUGAAGGCCAAAACCUCUUCGGCAAAUACGCUACGACACUGUUUGACAUCAACAUCCAUCUUGAGAUCUCCAAGCGAUCCAUGGACCCAGAGAAGAGUUCUUGGGCCAGAGAUGAGUUGUACACGCUUCGACGGUCACUUCAAGAGCAGCGUGGUGAUGUGGAAAGGUGGAUGACAGAAACAACGGUUGUGCCGACCUAUUCAGAGGGUACUAUGCGAGGAACAUAUCUUGACCCUCAGCCUAUGGACCUCCGUGUCGGUGCCAUUUUGAGAGAUGCGCCAAAGGUUCAACUCAGCAACCGUUGGAAGGAGGGAGAGCCGAAUUUCCAACAUGGGUCUCCCAACCAGCAGACCUGGGGCCAUUCGCCAGACGUCCCAGAACGCCAGCGUCUACAAACUCCGGCUCCAGAGCCCACUGAGCAACAACAGUCUUGGCAUUCACAGAUGAUGGAAAAAGCCAAGUGCAUUGCCACAGGCAUGGAGGAGAUGGGGCUUCACCUGAACAACCUCAACAAGUUUGAUAUCUCGGCCCACGACUCAACGCAAAGUCGAGGGCACCUCACGACGCUAUUCGACCAGACAAAGGAGGACUUUUGGAAGUUCCUGCAAGAUUUCCAUGAUCUCGAAGCGAAAUUGGCCACCGAGGGCCCUGCCAAAGAGAAACAGAGGAUGGCUAGUAACAGCACUCAAACCGGACACAGGUUCCACUCGAACUCUGAACUGCGCAAGUCCGUCGACUCCACAAACUCUGCCAACGAGUGGCGGCAAUUCGACCAAACGAGAGACUCCCCUCGACGGCUGUCCUAUCACCAAUCGCAUGCGGUCGAGUCACGCGAAAUACAUGAUGGUGAUGGCAGCACCAUCGUUGCGCCGUUGACAGAAAUGGCACUCAACGGCACUCACACUAUUGACGCAACAUCUACAAUCGAAACUUUCCUUACAGCGCUCCCCGAAACCCAUCCGAUGUCCCCCAUUGUCAGCGAUCGAGAAAGCGAGGCCCUGGUCCUAAAGUACCCUUCAUUUAUUGGUGUCGACAGCAUAUCAAAGGCUAUCAUUGAAAAGGACACCAGGCCAUUCACCAAGUCAUUCUCUCAGAUUGUUGGCGGGUCUCUCGGCAAAACCGGCUUGGAGUUGGGUGUCCUCGAGGUCGACGGGAGCAAUUGGGUGGCUCAAUUCUGCGACACGCACCGUUAUCUCUGCGGAAUUCUGAUUGCCAUUACUGUUCCAAAGGACCUUUUCCUGUGGCAUACCCGACACUUCCCCGUUGAUUCCGACACCUGGACCAAGGGAGCCCUUGUCAGAACGAUGUCCAUCGUGACAGAACCGCCUCGAUAUCUACACUCUUAUCCGCUGCGCCACGGCCGAAACCUAUCGUUAAGCAACCCCAACUUCCUUUUGCACUGGAACCUCGAAGAUAUCAAGGAACCUCACGUCUCGGCCCGAUUCAAAGAGCUAGUGCAGGUGGGAGGUGAGCUGCAGAAGAGAGUUGGGUCCUUUUCCUACAAGCAGCUGGUUGUCUGCAUCACGAUUCCGUGGUGGAUAUGCUACAAAGACACGUCCGGAGACCGGAAACAGGCAAUGGAGUUUUUGGAACGAAUGGGAAUUGUCGGAGCGAUACCCGUGAAUGAGAAGUCCGACGGAGGAGUUCGGAAAACGCUAUGGUGUCCGUCACGCAUCAAACUCGGCGGAUCGGACCAGAGCGUGCACGCAUUCCUUCAAGAGACCACAUUUACCGGAUCGCCAGAACUGCAACCAGCCAUUUCUGCCACGCCCACACGGUUCGUCGUGGUCACAGUUCGGAGAGGUCACGUUUCCGACUGGGUGGAUGCCGUCCAAUAUGCUCUUGGGAUGGACAGCAAGACCCUACGGUACUCGGUACCGACUAAAGAGCCCAUCAGCUUCAGCCAGCUGAACAGAUUUUAUCGGAAUGGCAGGAACCCAGGUCCAGAGCAAUCGAAGAAAGUUGCACCGUCAGAUAGAUCAUGAAAUACUAGUUUGUUUUCAUUUUUCUUUUAAGAUUUCUUAUGUUAGUCUUCUUCAUUUCCUCGGCGAUCUCGAACAGUUAUCACUCCGGCUCAGCCUGUACCAAAUGCAUCUUCCACGGAGAGUCUAGGCACCUUUGUUUCCUUCCUUGAUUAUAGUGACGUUUCAUGAGGUGCGUUAACCUAUCCGUGAGCCCAACCCUCUACGUAGCUGGCACCGGAUCACUUCAC